CAACGCGAUUAUUGAUUUGGCAGAACUGACUGGAACUGACAGUAGGUUAUUUACAUGUUAGUGUUGUGUUUUUGCGAGCGAAGGGAGGGUGAUGUUUUCAUUAUUAGCAGUUUAGCGGCGAAAUAAGCGGUUUGAGUGCGUGAUAUUUAUAGGAGGCCGAGAAGAUGGACGAAGAAGUGGAAAGUUUCGAUGUGUUCGAGGACGUAAACAUCUCGGACUGCGAGGAGGAUACGAGGAGCGAACUCAAGUUCGACGAAGUGAUCGAAAGUGAUGGGGAGAGGCUGAAACGUGAGAGGAUCGCGGAGGCCCUAGCAGAUGGCAACAGCAAUCUGCAGACUUGGCAGAGGUUGGCUCUCGAGGAGCACGGAUUAGUCAAUGAUGAUUUGCGGAGAGAGAUUUGGCCACUUCUGCUGGAAGUUGAUCCAACAGAUUCAGAGAAAGUGCCUCUGCUGAGUGAUCUGAUCAAUCAUUGUGAAUACAAUCAGGUGGUGUUGGAUGUGAACAGAUCGCUGAAGAGAUUUCCUCCAGGCAUUCCUUAUAAACAGAGGUUAGCUUUGCAAGAUCAAUUGACUGUGUUAAUACUAAGAGUUAUUAUGAAAUAUCCACAUCUCAGAUAUUAUCAGGGUUAUCAUGAUGUGGCAAUCACUUUCUUGCUGGUUGUUGGUGAGACUGUCUCGUUUAGAAUUAUGGAGAGGCUCAGCACGGAUCAUUUGCAUGAGUGUAUGGAGGCCACGAUGGAAAAGACGUCGUACAGGUUGUCGUACAUUUACCCGCUGAUACAGAAGGUGGAUAAGGAUUUGUACAAGGUUAUGGAUGGAGCAAUGCUGGGCACGAUAUUCGCCUUACCUUGGUACUUGACGUGGUUCGGGCACUCGCUGAAACGGUACAGCGAUGUCGUCCGACUGUACGACUUCUUCCUCGCGUCUCCGCCCCUAAUGCCAAUUUACGCCGCCGCGUCAUUGGUGAUACACAGACGGGAGGAGGUUCUAGAAACAGGAUGCGAUAUGGCCCUAAUCCAUUGUCUGCUAUCGAUAAUCCCCGACGAUAUGGAUUUCGAGGCGGUGCUGAGGCGUGCCUCCAAGCUGUACGUUAAGUAUCCUCCGGAGAAGCUCGAAUCGGAGGUCAAGAUCCGCGUCAAACGAGAGGCGGAGCGUCAGAAGAGGGAGGAGCGUCGCGUCAGGAGCCGCCUCAACAAGAACAAGACGGUGUGGAGGCGUGUCUACGGCUGCAUCCCCGAUUGGUUGUUCCUGCACUACCGCAACCGUUACGGCCUCGCGUUCGUCGCUGCGACAGUAUUAUUCGGGCUGUACGCCUACUUCCGCGCCGCCGACGACAACAACAACCUCCUGCACAGGGGUUUUUGGAAUUCCUGACAUUUACCAAUUUCGGUAGAUGUAAAAACAAUGAUGCAUAACCGAUUUUAUACUAGUUUCUAAGCUUAAGUGAGGAGAGCUUCAGUACCAAAAAGAAGGUGGAAAAAUAUGAGAGAUGAACGACGUUGUUGUUGUUGUUUUUUUUUUAUUAUUUGUUCAUGUAAUUCGUUGUCGUCUAGAAUGGCUUUAAUUAUUAUCAUUACAAUUAUUAUGUAUCAUUUUCGCAAGUGCGGAUCUUGAUGAGGAGGCAUUUAUUAUUUAGUACGUCUUCAAAAUUAUUUCGUAAUUGCUAAACACUCGACAAAAUCGGUGUUUCAAUUACUGAAUUAACAUUGAUUUAAGUCAACUAUAUGUGUAUAAAUAUAAUUUAUUGGUGAUAUGUAUAA